CUGCAAAACGACCCCUUAUCAUGGGCAUCCGUAGAUGAACGGUCUAGAUCAUCACAGCGUGCCGCAUAAAUUCUUCCACAGAUUGGAAGAUAUAUGGUCCCAACAUGAGGAUCUCAUUUCAUUGGAAUCCUAUUCCUCCCAGGAGUUGGAUUUCUCUCCUUAACCGUUCCUACUCUCCCAAAACAUCAAACAACUUCCCUUCCGCAAUGGAAGUAGAAGUGAAGCUUCGUCUCCCAGACUCAGCCGCCCAUCAGAAGCUCUCAGAUGUUCUCUCAUCCGUCCAUCUCAAGACCCACCUCCAAGAAAACAUCUUCUUCGACGGGCCCACCUCCCAGCUCUCCUCCCAGCUCGCCGCCCUCCGCCUCCGCUUCUACGACCAGGAUUCCCGCUGCGUCGUCUCCCUCAAAGCUCGUCCCUCUAUCGUCGAUGGCAUCAGCCGCGUCAGCGAGGACGAGGAGGAGAUGGACCCUGCCAUUGGCCGAGCCUGCGUUUCCGAGCCCUGGCGCCUCUCAUCCGUUGAUUCCAGGAUCCUCAAGAGGGUUAGGGAGGAAUUUGGGUGCGGCAACGUGGAAUUGGUGUGCCUCGGUGGGUUCCGGAAUGUGCGGGCUGUGUAUGAAUGGGAGGGGCUGACGCUGGAGCUUGACGAGACGCAGUACGAGUUCGGGACGAGCUACGAGAUCGAGUGCGAGAGCACGGAUCCCGAUAGGGCGAAGCGGAUGCUAGAGGAUCUGCUCGGGAGGAACGGGAUCCCGUACAUGUACUCAGAGGUGUCGAAGUUCGCUGUCUUCCGGUCCAGGAAGCUUCCCCAGUUCUGAAAAUUGAUUGAAGCAAUGGUUCCUUAAUUACCCACAGCCCGUUUCGUGUUUUGCACCAGUAUUUUUCUUGCUACCAGAUUCCUUUCCAUGGCUGGUGAUAUGGAUUUGAGUUUUUGUGAGUCAGUCAACUUCAAAAUAUGUUAGGGUCAUUUGGCUUUUGGUUCUUCUCCAAACUUGUGGUGAUGAAGGUGGCUGCAGAAAGGUGAAAUAAGGAUGAAUUGAGUGGGAAGUUUAAUUGAUGGAAGGUUUUGCAGGAUCAGAUAAAUUUAUUAAUAGCUGUUACAACUACUAAUCAUCAUUAAGGUAUUUAAGACCAUUAUGUAACGGCUGUGUAACAGUGGAAACGUUGUGUUAUGAGGACGUAAUGGCCGUUAUGGAAAAAAAUGGCCCGUAACGGCCGAUACGGGGCCAAUACAGUUUUUUCUUAAAUAAAAAAAACCAUAUACCAUUAUUGAA